GCCUAUCUAUCAUUGCGCGCUGAACGCAAGACUUAUUUGCGUAUUUAACGCAAUCGAGGUUUCAUUGCAGUAUUGCACUAAGUUUUGUUGUUUUCAGUGCGUUCGCAUGAACGAAUUUCGCAGAACUUUGAACCGUUAUAUUGCACUUAAACCGGUUUGUUUGAGUUUAUUUCCAUAAACAAUAAUCAGAGAGUGUUUGAAGUUUCAAGAGAUUGAAGAUUUUUUUGGAUAUGACUAGAAGAGGUUUACGAAAUAAAAGAUGGAAAUACGGGUCCAAAAUGUCAGAAAUCUUCGAGGAAGAGUUUUCCUCCACCAGCGCGGAGUCUACUCCUACCAAAAGGGGGAACGUGGCUAGAAAUGGACUAGUGAGUGGUGGAAAUGCUCAGAGCAAUCCCUCCUUGUUAUCUUUACUAAGAAGUGUUCUCUUAGUAGUGAGUACGGCGCUCGUUUGUUUUGCCGCAGCGAGGAAUUCAAUCACAUGGCAUUGCCAGAGGUUUUGGGGAGCUUCUGGAGAUUUCUGGCAGGCUCAGUGGGACAAAAUCUUAGAUAAUGUUGGCGAAGACCCGUUCACUUUGUGGGUCUACGGUACGGCGAUCCUAUCUACCAGCGUAUACUGGAUAUUUGGAGGUAUCUACACGAUACUAGAUGUUACUAACAAACCGGCUGCCUUGAGACGCUACAAGAUCCAACCUGGUACAAAUGAACCAGUUGAUCGCAAGAAGCUUUUGAAGGUUAUUUGGAGUGUUCUACUCAACCAAUUCGCAGUUGGACUGCCGUGUUCAUUCUUCUUCUAUUACAUGAUGUGGUUGAGGGGUCUGGAACCAGUGAGGGAGCUACCAACGUUUCACUGGGUACUUUAUGAGCUAGCUAUUCAUAUUUUGGUAGAAGAAGCUGGUUUUUACUACUCUCACCGUUUUCUCCACUCUCGGUACCUAUAUAAGACCAUUCACAAGCAGCACCAUGAAUGGACAGCUCCAAUCGCCGUCACCGCCAUCUAUUGUCACCCGGUCGAGCACAUCUUCUCAAAUCUACUGCCACCUUUCCUUGGUGUCUUGAUCAUGGGGUCUCACGUAGCCACCGCCUGGUUGUGGUUCACACUGGCUCUCCUGUCGACGUUGAACGCCCAUUCUGGCUACCAUUUACCCUUCUUCCCAUCACCAGAAGCCCACGAUUUCCACCAUCUGAAGUUCAACAAUUGUUUCGGUGUCCUGGGAGUGCUAGAUCGACUUCACGGAACAGAUAGCAGUUUCCGCUCAACGAGGGCAUACCAGAGACAUAUUAUGAUGCUAAGUUUCCAGCCUCCAAGAGAGGCCUAUCCCGAACCAGACACUUGUAGCAAACACAAGUUGGGAAAGCAAUAAACAUUUAAUCGCUUUUUAUAUGAAAAUAGCAUGCCGGGUAGACAGAACCUGAAGGAAGAGGUAUCAUAUGAGAUAUUGGCGUAUGAAACGUGGAGCGAUCCACGUUUCUUUAUUUUUCUAAAUUAUUGAAAGGAUGCUAGUCAGUCGGUCUGUGAUAGUGAACAGUUUGAAGUUUUUUUAGGUCGUAGAAUUGAAUUUUGCAUUUUUUUUUUCUGACGUAUUAAAAAAAUCAUACAGUGGUUGAAAAAUACUUCAGAAACUUUUCAUUUGGAACGAGGAAUCAAAAAUCUUCAGUGACACAAACGCAAAAGAUUUAUUUUCUUGGAUUAUUCAAGUUAAAUUUCAUCCUAAUGGAUUCGGGUCAUUUCUCCUUCAGCAUGCGGUUAUCAAAAACAAUCCAACAAAGUUUGAAGGGUUUCGAAUGACAACCGGUGCAUGUUAACAAAAAACGAUAUCGAAAUUUCAUAACCGUAAUAUCGAAAUUAGUGGAGAAACUACAGUAAAUAUAAAUAAAUAACACUAUCUUCAAAAAAUGAUGAUGACUGCGUCACAAAAGGUUGAAGGUAAUACUUCUAAAGAUAAUCACAAAAUAUUAUUACACUAGAAUUGAAGGAUAAGUUCAAGUAUUUCCCGAAUUUUACAUUCUAAAAAAAAUAUUAUCCACGAUUAAAAAAUAAAUAACAUAAAUAAACAUUUAUCAUGGCUGAGGAGAAACGACUCAAUAUUAAUUUUCGACUUCGGAUGGAGAAAAUUAAGAGUUUUUGAUGAAUCAUGCUGAUACAGAAAUAAUUUUAAUCAUAUUCAUGGAGUUCAAGUGUUGAAAAUCGAAAAUGUUGAAAUUUUUGAGGAGAAAGCGAAAUCGUUAAAAGUCAGUCUAUUGAUUAUACAUGGAAUUUAUUAUGAAAAUAGAUUUGUUUUUAUUACGAAAUUUAACAUAAUUGUUAAUGAAUGCAUGAGAAAUUGGUGGCGUACUUUUGUCGACCCAGUAUGAUGUAGGUUUAAAAAUGACUUAAAUAAUUUUUUUGCGGUUUAGUAUAUUUUGAAGGCUCUAAUAUUAGAAUUAGAAUUAUAUAGUCAAAUAUUAUAUGAUUUGUAUUAUUGUUUUUUAUUCUAAGUGGAAGGAUAUGUUUACAUAGGUGCGUUUACUUUGUUUACAGAUCAUUUUAAAUGCUAUGAUCAAACCACCAAAAAAAACUUAUGUGAAUUUCUAUCAUUUUUCUUUCGAGGUUGAAAUAGCUGAUAAACAUCUCUAUAUUCUCUAUUACUUUGUAAUAAUAAUAAUAUUAAAUGUUUUAUAUAUGCGUUA